CCAAGUCGCUGCCGGGUUGAAUCCGGCGGGAGCAGCUGCGCCGCGGCUGAGGGAGCCGGGGACCAGUUUCGUCCCGAGCAAAGCGCUGGAGAGGCCGAAGUCAUGACGGGCGAAGUGCCUUCCGAGGUCCACCUAGAAAUCAAUGAUUUAAAACUGAUUUCACAAGAAGAAGCAGAUAGUCCUUUCGACAGUGGACAGGGCAGCUAUGAAACAAUUGGACCCUUGAGUGAAGGAGAUUCUGAUGAAGAGAUAUUUGUGAGUAAGAAAUUGAAAAGCAGGAAGGUGCUACAAGACAGUGAUUCUGAAAGAGAAGAACCAAAUGCCUCUCCAGAGAAAGCUAGCUAUGACAUUGUCGAAGAGGAAAAUAAAGAGAACUUAUAUGCCGGAAAAAAUGGGAAAGCCAGAAGGAUGUACAAAACUCUGGCAGACAGUGAUGAAAGUGACAUGGAGGAGGAAGAGUCUUUGUACCAGGAAAAUCUUGAAACCCAAGUGACAUCUUCCUUAGAGCUGGGUCGUCAAUCUGAAAACUCUGUGGACUUGACAGCUAGUAGAAAGAUUUCCAAAAAACCCGUACGUGAUAAAGAAGGAACUGAAGGGAAAGCAAAAGUAAAAUCAAAGAGAAGAUUGGAGAAAGAGGAGAGAAAAAUGGAAAAAAUUAGGCAGCUAAAAAAGAAGGAAACAAAAAAUGAGGAAGAAGAUGUGAAACAGCCAUUUACUGAUAGUGGCUGUCUUCUUGUGGAUGAAGAUCUUUUUGAAACUGGGUUGGAGGAGGAAAAUAACUCUGCAUUGGAAGAUGAAGAGUCGCUAGAAUCCAUAAGGGCAGCUGUGAAAAAUAAAGUAAAAAAACACAAGAAAAAGCAGCUAUCUUUGGAGAGUGGCAUUUCUUCAUAUGAAGAAGAAAGUGAGUUAUCAAAAGGCACCAUGAGGAAGGAAAGGAAGGCAGCCAAGUUAAGUAAGGAAGCAUUAAAAAAACUACACAGUGAGACUCAGCGCCUUAUUCGAGAGUCUGCACUUAAUCUUCCGUAUCAUAUGCCUGAGAAUAAAACCAUUCAUGAUUUCUACAAACGUAAACCCCGGCCCACUUGUCAGGGAAAUGCCAUGGCCCUACUAAAGUCAUCUAAGUAUCAGUCAAGCCAUCACAAAGAAAUCACAGACCCUGCAAACACAACUGAGAUGAGCAGUGACCAUCAGAGCAAAGAUUCUGAGCCAACAACAGGUGCAGGAUAUGAAAUGGAAGCUAAUGCACUCCCUGCAGUUUCAAAGGAACUCCAGAUGACUACUGGGUCAGAUGAGUCUUGCAGUAAAGAUCUGAUGGUAAGUGAAGAGCCAGAAAUUCAGGAGAAACAGGAGCAGAGGGAUACUAGACCUUCUCCUGGGGACAGCUCAGUGGCACAGCAGGAAUCCAGCUUCCUUGGGAACAAGGUCAGUGACGGGUCUCAGACUGCAGGGCGUGUGGCACUUGAACCUGAUGCCCUGGAGGGAGAAGGCCUGCAAAAAACAGAAGAAGCAGAUGAGAAGGUGGAAGACCCCAGGCAGCAAACCAAAUCAGCGGCAGCCGUGCCACCUGAGAAAGUGAGGAGAUUCACACUGGAUAGACUUAAGCAACUGGGAGUAGAUGUUUUCGUUAAACCUCGGCUGGGUGCUGAUGAAGAUUCCUUUGUGGUACUUGAAGAACCUGAACCCAACAGAGAACUGGAAGCCUUGAAGCAGCGUUUCUGGAAGCAUGCUAAUCCCGCAGCCACACCCAGGGCUGCUCAGAAGGUAAAUGUGAGCAUCGUCGUGAAAGAGGUGGGCACUGAUGGUAAGGAAGAGCUGAAGGCCGAUGUGGUACCUGUGACUUUGGCAGCUGAGAAGCUGGAUGGAGUAAGCCACACAAAACCAGGUGAAAAGCUUCAGGUGCUGAAAGCUAAACUGCAAGAAGCAAUGAAACUCCGAAGGUUAGAGGAGCGCCAGAAGCGCCAGGCAUUGUUUAAAUUAGAUAAUGAAGAUGGAUUUGAAGAAGAGGAGGAGGAGGAAGAGGAAGAAAUGACGGAUGAGUCUGAGGAAGAUGGAGAAGGGGAGGAAGAGGAUAAGUUAGAGGAAGAGGAGGAAGAAGGCAGUCACGAGACAGCAGAAUUCCUUCUCGGUAAUGAAGAAGUGGAAACCAAAGAUGAGAAAGAAAUGGACAAAGAAAACAAUGAUGACAGUAGUGAAAUUGGCAAGUCAGUUGGCCUUCCGUCUGUUCUUAAGCCUCUCUCAUCAGAUUCUACCGUUCUCCUAUUUAAAGACAACUCUUCCAAGAUGGAUGAAGAAAAAUCAGAAACAGAUGAAAACUCAAGCAAAAGGCCUAGCAAACUGGAUGAAGAGGAUUCAUGCUCAUUGCUAACAAAGGAGAGCAGCCACAAUAGCAGCUUUGAAUUGAUUGGCUCCACAAUUCCAUCCUAUCAGCCUUGCAACAGACAAACAGGCCUUGGGACUAGUUUUACCCCUUUAGCAGCAGGAUUUAGAUCUCCUUCCCCUGGGCUAUUUCGAGCCAGUUUGAUCAGCUCAGCUUCUAAGAGUUCAGAAAAGCUGUCUGAGCCUUCACUUCCCAUAGAGGAUUCCCAGGAUCUAUAUAACGCCUCCCCAGAGCCUAAGACACUUUUCCUAGGAGCAGGAGAUUUCCAGUUCUCUUUAGAAGAUGACACGCAGAGCCAACUGUUGGAUGCAGAUGGGUUCUUAAAUGUUAGAAACCACAGGAAUCAGUACCAAGCUUUGAAACCUCGAUUGCCAUUGGCCAAUAUGGAUGAGAAUGCCAUGGAUGCUAACAUGGAUGAGCUGCUGGAUUUGUGCACUGGAAAAUUCACUUCUCAGGCGGAGAAGGCUCUUCCCGGGAAGAGUGACAAGAAAGAGAACAUGGAGGAACUUCUGAAUCUUUGUUCAGGAAAAUUCGCCUCUCAGGAUGACUCUGCUCUGGCUCCAUCAGAGUUAAAUAAACAGGAGAAAGAGAGCAGCAUGGAUGAUCCAAUGGAAGAAGCACUUGCUCUUUGUUCAGGCUCUUUCCCAACAGACAGGGAAGAAGAAGGUGAAGAGGAGGAAUUUGGAGACUUUCGGCUUGUCCCAAAUGAUAAUGAGUUCAGUAGUGAUGAGGAUGAACACAGUGACUCUGGUAAUGAACAUGAGGCCCUGGACGACCACGAGGAUGACGAAGAAGAGCUCCUGAGGCAAUCCGAGAAGUUGAAAAGGCAAAUGAGAUUGAAGAGAUACCUGGAGGAUGAGGCCGAGGUGUCAGGGAGUGAUGUGGGAAGUGAAGACGAGUAUGAUGGGGAAGAGAUUGAUGAAUAUGAAGAGGACGUAAUUGAUGAAGUACUUCCUUCUGAUGAGGAACUACAGAGUCAAGUAAAGAAAAUACACAUGAAAACAAUGUUGGAUGAUGAUAAGCGACAGCUCCGUUUAUACCAAGAGAGGUACCUUGCUGAUGGGGAUCUGCACAGUGAUGGUCCUGGACGAACGAGGAAAUUUCGAUGGAAAAACAUAGAUGAUGCUUCCCAGAUGGACUUGUUCCACAGAGACUCUGAUGAUGAGCAGAUCGAGGAACAGCUUGAUGAGACAGAAGCCAGAUGGAGGAAGGAGCGAAUUCAACGAGAGCAGUGGCUUCGGGACCAGGCACAGCAGGGGAAAAUUGUACCUGAAGAAGAAGAAGAAAUUGGAGAAGACAGUCAGUUUAUGAUGCUGGCCAAGAAAGUUACAGCCAAAGCAUUGCAGAAAAAUGCCAAUCGCACCGUGGUUAUACAAGAAUCAACACCUUUACUCAGAAAUCCUUUUGAAGCCAUCAGACCGGGAAGUGCCCACCAGCCAAAGACAGGCUCAUUGCUAAACCAGCCCAAAGCUGUACUUCAGAAACUGGCUGCCCUCUCUGACCUCAACCCCAGUGCUCCCCGAAAUUCAAGAAACUUUGUCUUCCAUACCCUUUCUCCUGUCAAGGCUGAGACAGCAAAGGAAUCGUCUAAGCCUCAGGUGAGGAGAAAGGGCCCAUCCAUAAUGAGAACGCCUUCACCUAAGCGCCUCAAAACAGGUGAUAGCACUUCAGGAUCGAAGCAGAGCAUCUUCACAUACUUGGAAAGCUAACACCAUGGGGUGCCAGUGCCUACUUUGAGACUGCUUUGAGAAGUUCUGGCAUUGAAAGUUGGAAUUGAUGCUCACAUGGAUGGGCCUUCCCUUCCUUCAGAAUCGAUGCAUUAAGAUUGUCGACAGAGACUCCAGUUCUUUCCACGGCAUGGCUCUGGACAUCUCUUUCCUGUCCCAGCAUUAUUUCCUGGGUUGGCCACUAAUCUUAAUUCUUCAGUGUUUACAACAUUGACUCAUGGGAUACUUGGGUGAAGACUUAGUUCCUUCAUUAAAUAUUUGACAUUUUAUCCUAGCAGCUUCCUGGGUUGAUACCUCUUUGUGAAAGGAGGGCUUAGACUUUAGAGGAAGAGGAGGAGGGUAAAGCGUGGCAUUACAGAAACUUACAGAAAGCAGUGACUAUCAGUACCAGCAUGACUCCUUCACGCCCCUCAGAUCUAUACCAUGGUGACCAGGACCCGGUGAAAGAGCUACUUCUUAGAGAACCUAGGAACCUCUGGGCUGUCCAUUAGUCUUGCCCCUUCCAUUUUCCUGUUUCCUCUUCCUAAGACAGCCCCAGGUGUCCAACAAACCUUUGCUUCCUUUAUCAUAUGGACUCACACUGGUACCCAAGUCAGAAAGACGUUGGCCCCAAUUUUCUGGUAUAUGAGGAUGAAGAUGCAACAUGAGAUAUCCCAUGGGACAGAGAGCUCUCUCCUGGGACUAAAUUCUCAAUUUGAAACACUUGUUCAAGGACGUCCUUUCUCAUCAUGACAAAAAGAAGUAUAACCAGUGGACAAUUUAAUACUUCAUUACCUAUUUUGAGAGAAGACCAUCAUGGAGUUUAAUCAAAAUAUUGUUAAGAGAGUCCUGGCUGGUGUGGCUCAGUGUGGAGGGUCAUCCUGUGCACCAGAAGGUUAGGGGUUUGAUCACCGGUCAGAGCACAUACCUGGGUUUCAGGUUCAAUCUCCGGUCAGGGUACAUGUGGGAGGCAACUGAUAUCUCUCUCUCUCAAAUCAAUAAGCUGGCUCCUAACCACUUGCCUGCCUGCCUGAUUGCCCCUAA